AUGUCAUCAAAUGAUUAUAAUCCUCUCAAAGAUACGAUUGAUUCUAUCGUUACUGUAUUUCUUACUACGUUAAUACUUGGCCUCUUCAAAGAAUUUGAAGACAAUAAGAAAAAACUUUUUUCCUUUAUCAAUAUUUUUGAUGAUUUUAUCAUCUUUUCAUUUAUCAAUAUUUAUUUUUUGUAUAAUGCUUUCGAAGGUGAAAAAAUUAAAAAGAUAUUAGAACUCAAAGGAGACAUUAAUUUCAAAGAAGAAAAUAGAAAAAUCGAUGAAGAAGAAAAAAAACUCAAUGAUAAAGAAAAAGAAAAUAAAGAACUCAAUGAUGAAGAAAAAGAAGAUAAAGAACUCGAUGGAAAAAAAAUAGAAGAUAAAGAAAAAGAAAAAGAGGAUAAAAGAACUCAAUGA